UGUUGAGUGGAAAGAAAUGUUUUUUUUUUUUUUUUUACAACACUAAUUGGAGACAGAAUCCAUACCUACUUAGGUGAUUUAAAACUAAGGGUCAUAGAAGAGGUCAAAAUCUGUUUUCUAAUGUCAUUUCUCCAGAGUUUACUGAAUCGAGGUGUCUGUUACCAAGCAGAGCAUUUUCACUUCCUUAAAACGCAGACACAGUCCUUUAUCUAACGGCGAGAGGAAUCCAAACAAAACUUUACCUCAGUGAUUGUGUCUUUGAAAACAAAAUUGUCUUUAAAAGAAAAAUGUGUAAAAGAUGUUUACCAUAUCGAAAGACCCCAAAAUGCUAUACUAAAAAUAAUUACUUAAUGUUUGCAAAGUACUUUAGAUUCUUUGGAAAAGUGUUAUCGAAAUAUAAAUAAAGUCUCAGUUGCCCCAUGUGGUUGUUCCUUUUGGUAGCUGGGAAAUUAGUAUUCAGAUGAGAAAAACACCCUAUAUUAAAUAAAGCUUUAAUUUGUUUCUUAAUUUAUUAUUCUAGUAUGGGGUAAUUGAACAUUUCUGCUUGUCCAAUAGUUUCUCACAAAGGGCCUGUAGCUGAAUUGAAGAGAAUAAAAGCUCAUUGUCUUAGAUUUCGUCAGUUACUUUGUAAACUAGUUUAAUGUCCUAACACUCAGAACUCCCACUGCGAAGAGAGCCAUUUGAUGUGACCACUGUUACACUGUGGUAAAAUACUUUAUUGCAGAUUAUCUCAAGAUCCUAAUCAUGUUUAAAAUGAAUUUCAUUUUAUGCUUAUUUGUUCAAAACUUUAUUUUUAGCUUUCACCUAUGUUGAAAUUGGAGUGCAACAUGCUCUUUAUUUCUGGAAGUCAUCACCAUCUUUAUUAAGAUUUUUUUGGUGCUGUCAGUAAGAAGGAAGAAAUUGCAUUUUCCCAGGACUUUAGGGAACGUUUCAUGAUUCUUGGUGUUUUAUGUCAAAGUUAUUUUCUUUAGAUCUGGUACAUGACACAUCAUUGCUAAUUUCAUUGAUGGUCAGAGUUUGUUUAUGGGUUACAGCACCUUGAAUUCUUAACAGCGGCUGUUGAUUCAUUGGUGGGUCAACUAAAAACAUCCCCUUGUGUUUACCUUCAUUUUGUAUUUAGGUGUUAGAGGCUGAAUGUGCUAUUACUUUACAAAUGAUACCAGGCUUAGGCUCAUUUCCCGCUUUUGGUCCUGUAGGAGCAGUGGAAGUCAUAUGGCUUUUUGGUGGAAGGAAAAAAACCCCUGACUUUUCCUGCUUAUUGCCAUUUCCCAGUUGAGUCUUUGGUCCAAAGAUAUGUAUUCCUGUUUUCCUCAAACCUAGAGAAUCGCUGGCAGAGGAUUGUUAAUUUGAAAGGCCACGUGUUGUCUGCCUAAGGAGUACCUCCAGCCAGAAAUCAGGGGUUAUAAACUCAAGUGCCUGGGAAGAGGGUUGAGUGAGGACCUUGGAGGACUGGUUGGUGGGUGUCCUUUCUCAAGAUGGUGCUCAGCUCCAGUUGGAAACUGCAUUAAUAGAAUACAAGUCUAGUGUUGCUGGAGCUUCUGAUGUCCUGAGAGAAGGUGGAAAUCUGGGUUUUUCUUUGCGUCCACAUUUUAAAGUAUUAGCAAAUACUUGAAACAGUUAAGUUCCUACCUGGGCCAAACAAAACACAUCUCAGGGUUGGCUUCGGAGAUCUAAGGGCUGUGAUUUUGGAUCUUAGGCAUAAAUAUUGUUGAGUGGAGAAGUGCAGUCAUCAGACACUGUGCUGUUUGUCACGUUUCCUUCUGAGCAUCUGAAUUCGCUCAAUAUGGCUCUCAUAGUAGGGGGAGUUAGGACCAUUUUGGGGAAGAAUUUUUAAGUAAAACUCCCAGAAGUGAUGAUCCUGCAGUUGAACUUGUUAAAGGGAUGAAUUCGUCACAUUAUUACCGUCUAGCAGUGUCCAUUAGGUAGAAUAGAGCUCUGGAUGGUUCUGGGCACCUUUGAAAUAGGAAGGAAAAAGACCUGCUGUUUGCUUUGCCCCUGAGUUCUACAUUUGAAGUGGAGAAUUAUUUAGUUGGAUUUUAAAAUUGUUGUCGAGAGUCUACUAGGUGUUUUCCACAGUCACUGAACGAAGUAUGGAAGGUAGCCUAGAGCAGGAGGCCUGCAGACAUCCCCAAACAAACUGGCCCCUGGUUUGUCUCUCAUGCCUACCCCUUUUCUGAAAUAGGCCUGUCUGUAGGAUGGCCAUAUAAUUUAUUGUUUAAUCUAGGACAAUUUUUAUUGUGAAAAGGGGCACUGCCAAUAAUUAGACAAGCAUAACAAGUAUAACCUGGACAGUUUAGGGCAAACCGGGACAUAGGUGACCAUAGCUAAAUGGUCAAGUUUGUGUUUAUGCCAAGCCACUGAGAUGGAGGUUUGUGGUUUCUAUAUAUACAGUGAUAAUAUUUUGCAGAAUAUCUAUUCACACAUCUUUUCGGGUGGAUCUACAUGUGACCUCAGAGAUAUGAGUGUUGUGCUGGUAGCUUUGCUCUGUUGUGGGGGGUUGCCAGGGUGAUGUGCCUUCUGACUCCACACCUGCCUGGUGGGUCAGAGUCAACUUUUAAGGAUGUGUGUCUGGAGGAGCAAGCACCUAGCCAGAAGGGCUAAUGAAGAGCUGUUUCUCCCAGAUGCAAAGAAAGGUUCCUGAUGUUAUCAGCAGCAUAAGGCAGUUAUCUAAAGCUGCCAUGAAAGAGGAUGCCAAACCCAACAAAGAUAACGAGGACGCCUUUUACAACUCUCAGAAGUUUGAAGUCUUGUACUGCGGCAAGGUGACGGUGACCCACAAGAAGGCCCCGUCCAGCCUCAUUGAUGACUGCAUCGAAAAGUUCAGCCUGCACGAACAGCAGCGCCUGAGGAUCCAGGGGGAGCAGCGCGGUGCGGAUGCCGGAGGCGAGGACUCCGCCGUCUUCGAGGCCGAGGCGCCCGGUUCCCCCGCAGGCAUUCUGUUGGAGGAAGGGGAUGGCGUCACCAACACCCACCCUGCCUUAGCAGCCCCGGCCAGCCAGCCCGGACCGUCCAGCUCUCGAGGGUGCUUCCCUGAGCGGAUUUUGGAAGAUUCUGGCUUUGAUGAACAGCAGGAGUUCCGGUCUCGGUGCAGCAGCGUCACUGGAGUCCUGCAAAGGAAAGUUCACGAGAACAGCCAAAAACCACAGCCUCGAAGGAGACAUGCCAGCGCGCCCAGUCACGUACAGCCCUCCGAUUCGGAGAAGAACAGAACAAUGCUGUUUCAGGUUGGGCGGUUCGAGAUUAACCUUAUCAGUCCAGACACUAAAUCAGUUGUGCUUGAAAAGAACUUUAAGGAUAUCUCUUCUUGUUCUCAGGGGAUAAAGCACGUUGAUCACUUUGGCUUUAUCUGUCGGGAGUCGCCAGAGCCUGGGCUGAGCCAGUAUAUCUGUUAUGUGUUCCAGUGUGCCAGUGAAUCUCUGGUGGAUGAGGUAAUGCUGACUCUGAAGCAGGCUUUCAGUACGGCCGCAGCCCUGCAGAGUGCCAAGACCCAGAUUAAGCUGUGCGAGACCUGCCCUAUGCACUCUUUGCAUAAGCUCUGUGAAAGGAUUGAAGGUCUCUACCCUCCGAGAGCCAAGCUGGUAAUACAGAGGCAUCUCUCAUCGCUGACAGAUAAUGAGCAAGCUGACAUCUUUGAACGAGUUCAGAAAAUGAAGCCGGUCAAUGACCAGGAAGAAAAUGAACUUGUGAUUUUACAUCUGAGGCAGCUGUGUGAAGCCAAGCAGAGGACACACAUUCACAUCGGGGAAGGCCCUUCUACUAUUUCAAAUAGUACAAUCCCGGAAAAUGCGACAAGCAGUGGAAGGUUCAAACUUGACAUUCUGAAGAAUAAAGCUAAGCGAUCCUUAACUAGCUCCUUGGAAAAUAUCUUCUCAAGGGGAGCAAACAGAAUGCGAGGUCGCCUUGGAAGUAUGGACAGCUUUGAACGGUCCAACAGUCUUGCUUCGGAGAAGGAUUACUCACCAGGGGACUCUCCUCCGGGGACACCACCAGCAUCCCCACUGUCGUCAGCUUGGCAGUCGUUCCCUGAAGAGGAUUCUGACUCCCCGCAGUUUCGAAGACGGGCACACACAUUCAGCCACCCACCUUCAAGCACGAAGAGAAAGCUGAACCUACAGGAUGGGAGGACUCACGGGGUUCGCUCCCCUCUGCUGAGGCAGAGCUCCGUUGAACAAUGCAGCAUUCAUCCGUCAGUUCGGCGCAUUCACAAGGAGAGUAACUCUUCCUCCAGUCUUCCAAGUCUUCACACUUCCUUCUCUGCCCCUUCCUUCACUGCCCCCUCUUUCCUGAAAAGCUUUUACCAGAAUUCAGGUAGACUGUCCCCACAGUAUGAAAAUGACAUCAGUGAUGGAGAGGGGAGGAAAAGGACCUCGUCUACGUGCAGCAAUGAGUCCCUAAACGUUGGAGGAACCCCCGUCACUCCUCGCCGAAUCUCCUGGCGGCAGCGCAUUUUCCUCAGGGUUGCCUCUCCCAUGAACAAAUCUCCCUCGGCAAUGCAGCAGCAGGAUGGACUGGACAGGAAUGAGCUGCUGCCACUGUCCCCUCUUGCUCCAACCAUGGAGGAGGAACCGCUGGUUAUAUUCAUGUCUGACGAAGAUGACCCCGAAAAGGUUGAAGAAAGAAACAAGUCAGAAGAACUGAGGAGUUUGUGGAGAAAAGCAAUACACCAACAAAUCUUGUUGCUUCGGAUGGAAAAAGAAAACCAGAAACUUGAAGCAAGCAGAGAUGAACUCCAGUCCCGAAAAGUUAAAUUGGACUACGAAGAAGUUGGUGUAUGUCAGAAGGAGGUCUUAAUAACCUGGGAUAAGAAGUUGUUGAACUGCAGAUCUAAAAUCAGAUGUGAUAUAGAAGAUAUUCAUACUUCUCUUAAAGAAGGUGUUCCCAAAAGUCGACGAGGGGAAAUUUGGCAGUUCCUAGCUUUACAGUAUCGUCUAAGACACAGAUUGCCUAAUAAACAACAACCUCCUGACAUAUCCUAUAAAGAGCUUUUAAAGCAGCUCACUGCUCAGCAGCAUGCUAUUCUCGUGGAUUUAGGAAGGACCUUCCCUACUCACCCCUACUUUUCGGCGCAGCUUGGGGCGGGGCAGCUGUCGCUCUUUAACCUCUUGAAAGCCUACUCGUUGCUGGACACAGAAGUGGGUUACUGUCAGGGGAUCAGCUUUGUGGCCGGAGUCCUCCUUCUGCACAUGAGCGAAGAGCAAGCCUUUGAAAUGCUGAAAUUCCUCAUGUACGACCUGGGCUUCCGCAAGCAGUACAGACCCGACAUGAUGUCGCUACAGAUUCAGAUGUACCAGCUGUCCAGGCUCCUUCAUGACUAUCACAGAGAUCUCUACAAUCAUCUUGAAGAAAACGAGAUCAGCCCCAGUCUUUACGCUGCCCCCUGGUUCCUCACAUUGUUUGCCUCUCAGUUUCCAUUAGGAUUUGUAGCCAGAGUUUUUGAUAUUAUAUUUCUUCAGGGAACUGAAGUUAUAUUUAAGGUUGCGCUCAGCCUCCUGAGCAGCCAAGAGACGCUUAUAAUGGAGUGUGAAAACUUUGAAAAUAUUGUCGAGUUUCUUAAAAGCACGCUACCUGAUAUGAAUACAUCUGAAAUGGAAAAAAUUAUCACCCAGGUUUUUGAGAUGGAUAUUUCUAAACAGUUACAUGCUUACGAGGUGGAAUAUCACGUGCUGCAGGAUGAGCUUCAGGAAUCUUCCUAUACCUGUGAGGAUAGCGAGCCUAUGGAGAAACUAGAGAGGGCCAAUAACCAACUGAAGAGACAAAACAUGGACCUCCUAGAAAAAUUACAGAUUGCUCAUGCUAAAAUCCAGACCUUGGAAUCCAACAUGGAAAAUCUUUUGACCAGAGAGACCAAAUUGAAGUCUUUAAUCCGGACCCUGGAACAAGAGAAAAUAGCUUAUCAAAAGACAGUGGAGCAGAUCCGGAAGCUGCUGCCAGCCGAUGCCCUCGCCAAUUGCGAAUCGCUGCUCGGAGACCUAAACUGCAACCCUAACAACAAAGCAAAGACGGGAAACAAGCCAUAA